AUGCAGACAUCUUUCGGUAAUACGGCCUUGCUGAAACAACUGGCUUUGUCCGGUCGUUCCGGCAAGCGCUGGGAUGCCUCGGCGCGACAAAGGCCUGCUCUGAGUACCUUGCUCCACGCCGAUCGAGGGAUUAUCGCCGCCAGCACUGAGGCAACCGAAACAGAAAGUGCCGGAUUUUCCGUCAGCCCUGCGCCUCUCCCCACAGUGGCGUGA